CGCCUACUUUGCAACAAGAGAAAGUCGAGUAGUAGUGGCAGUUGCUUACAAGAAAGAAAGAGCGAGUGCGAGGGAGGGGUAAUGGCUACUGGCCCUGUGUCUUCUUCUUUAUUGUCAGACAGUUGGACCAACCUAGCAGCAGUAGAGGGCAGCACUGAGCAUACAGUUGUUUCUUUUCCAAGAAGUGCUCAGGAUAUUAAACAAAUUCUUGAACUAAAAUUAGCCAUUUUAUCAGGUGGUAGAGAUGAAAUGGGGCGGGAGAUUAUUGUGUUCCCUGCCCGUCCAGCUGUUAAAUAUGAUCACAAACAAAUACUCCAAACACUCCAAUAUCUGUCCAGCAUACCUAGUCCUGAAGCCCUGGAGCUUGGUUUCACGGUGAUAGUUGAUGGUCGCUGGUUGUCAUGGCCUGAUAUUAAACUGAUACUGAGGACCACCCAAGAAGCGCUACCAGGUGCUGUACAUGUUGCUUAUGUACUUCAACCUAAUCAGUUUAUGAAGAAGAAGUCAGUGUCACUCUCACUUUCCAAGGAAAGAGAUAAACUUGAAUUUACUAUUGUUACAGCUAGUUCUACUGAUAAGUUGUUGCGUCAUAUUGAUGGACGUCAGAUUCCAGUGGAACUGGGAGGAGCCAUCAACUAUAAACAUAAUGAAUGGAUAGCACUAAGAAUUAAACUGGAGGAGUUGACAGCUGCCUACCAGUUGUAUCUUGAGUCCUUCAAUGAUCACGAGUCUCAUUUAAAGUCAGUCCAACUGGGAGCGUCCCCCCCAGGACCAGCCGGAGGGAGGAGAGGAGGGGCAGGAGGAGGAGACUCCAUACAACAAGAGAUAGAGUCACUCAAUAAACUGAAAGGACGAGUGGAAUCAUCUGAUGAACCCGUCAAUAGACUAGCAGCUGAAGUUAAAGAACUCAUUGAGACUACAAGUGGAUCUACUGGGAUGAGUCCAGAAGUGAUUAGUGUAUUAGGAAAGGUCAAUAAGAUACUUCAACUGACCAGUCAGCAGCAGUCAGCACUGAUGGACCUCUACCAGGAGAAGUACCGACUAGUGAAUGAGAAACACCUCAUGAAGCAAUUUGAAACUGGAACCAACAAAGUGGUUCAUUGGAUCAAGAGCAAGGGAUUGGAAGAGGCGGGAAGUGUUGAUAUUGGGGAAUCACUAGCGGCUGCUCUCCUACUGGAGGAAAAACUAAACAAACUAACUAAUAAAGUUGAAAGUAUGAAGGAAGAUGUGACGGAGCUAAAGAGAUUGGCUGAUGUAUUGAGAGACUUUAAUGAGUCUAUCACUGACCAAGAGCUCAAGAGACUACACAAGAAAUACUCAAAGUUUAUAUCAACUUAUAAACAACGUCAAAGUUUAGUAACAAGAUCAGUCUGUAUGUACAGAGGACUGGAAGAGUGGAGGACCCUGUAUGAUCAACUGACAGUCAAUUGGACCAAAGUGAAGAAUAGUGAGACUGAUAUUGAUGACUGUGAGGAGCUCAUCAAAUCUCUUGAUAAUGACAACAACCGACUGAAAGAACUAGCUGAAGCUAUCCUCUUGAACGGACAAGAACUAGUCAAAGCACUUAAGGACACUGGAGUAUCUCAAGGUGAUCCAGAGUUCAGGCGUUCCCUGCGGUACAUCUCACGUACAACAGAUGAGGUCACUGAUAAAGCUCGGAGAUCACAAGAAAUUGCUUUAGCAAAAUAUGCGAGACUAGACCAGUACUCACAGAUACUGGUCUGUGAGAAGGACGGGAAAGAAAGUAUCCAUAAGCUAAGUGAGAUACUUGAUACAUUAAAAGGCCGCUCUACUGUCAUUGGUGAUUCAUUGGAAGCCACUCAGAACUAUAUAAUGGAACUGGAGGAGCACAAGAAAGAAGUUGACCACACUAGAGAGUAUGCUAAAGGUCUUUUAGCUUCGGCUGUUAAUCAAAGAGAGACUUUAGGUGGUGACCUCUCUCCUAAUGAAGUGCUUCAGGCUGAGCUAAAAGAGAUAUCCUCAGAGCUUGAGUCAACCUUUGCCUUAAUCAGGAGCCUGCUCCAGCGACUGGAGAGGAUACAGACGGUACACGAGGGGGCGGAGUCCAGUAUCAAGUACUGGGGAAGUGAGAGGCUGUUUAGUGACGAGAGCAGCUGGAGUGAGAUAGAACAAGUUUUGAAUAACAUGGAGGAGAAGGGAGGGGAUCUACAGACAGCUGUCAAUAUUUGCAUUAAGUUAGGUGGGGAAUUGCUUCAAUCAUUAUCAGCUGAUUUUGAUUCGGAAUCAGUUCAAUACGUUGAUACAUUACACAAAUCACUAAUCGAUCAAGAGAUUCAGUUAACAUCAUUACUGACAACAAGAAGACACGAACUGAAGAAUCACCAAAAGUUGAUCAGCGUACAUCAGGCGAAUGAAGAGGUGUUGCUAUGGAUACGGGAACAAGGUCUCCCUCAUUUAACUGCCUAUUGCUCCCUGAGAUUCAGUGUCUCCUCAAUCAAGGAAACUGGCAAUGAAUUUAAGACUUUCAAAGAUAACGUCAACUCAUUGACAGCCAGUAUCAGUGCAGCUGCUGUUCCAGGGGACACCAGCCCCCUCUCCCUCCCUCUCCUCUCUCGGGUCCAGAAGAGAUCUACUGACGUUGAUAACAUUUGGAAGAGGUUCCUCAUACGAGUGGACAAUAGAGAGAGAGUUCUGACCAGUUUGGAUCAGUUCAUGAAUAAAGUUAUUAAUUUGACUACCCUGAUGACUGAUUAUGUUAAAGGAGGUUCCUCAUGUUCCCCUGGGUCCAAGCGAGAGGUUGACUCCUCGUAUCAGGAGGUGGUGGCUGAUGGUCGCUCUCUCAUUGCUCUCCUCCACAAGUCCCCAGGAGGUACCUCAGACUGGGAUCUUGCCGACGCUGUAAGAGACAAACUAGUUCAACUGGAAUCACUCCUGCCUAGAGGAGGAGGAGGAGGAGGAGCAAGGAAAGGAACUAAGCCUCCUCUUGUAUCUGAUGAAUCUACUCAUUCAGUGGGUGUGGCUUCUACUCAUUCAGUGGGUGUGGCUCCUACUCAUUCAGUGGGUGUGGCUUCUAAAAGUGAACGAGUCCGAGGAUUAUUGAAAGAAAUGGAAGACAAAAAGAAAACAACAAACAACAACAACAACAACUACAAGGAACCAUCAGAAGAAACAAACAACCAGCGAACAGAAACAGUAGCAGUAACCGUGAACAGAAUAAAAGAGAAGGAGAGAGAGGGGGAGGAGAGAGAGGAGGAGAAGAGAGAGGGAGGGACUGGUUUGAAAGAAGGACAAUCAGUAGAACCACUGGUAACCGUUAGCAACCGCCACACCUCUGAUGAAGAGUUUACUCACCUUGAACACGCCACAGACCAGUUAAUGCAGAAGUUGUUAAACAGGAUUGACGGGUUCAUUAAGAAUCACUCCUCGUGUCCUCAUUCGGUAGCAGCUGCUAGGUCUGAGCUACGGGACCACACUGAGUUCCUCCAGUCACUGAACUCAUCAAUAGCCCAGCUGAAGAGAGUAUCAGAGACUCUUAAAGAGGAUACCUCGUCUAGUGUGAAGCAAAAAGUAUUGUCACUUGUCAGUAAAGUGGACAGGAGGAUUGAUGAAAGGGUCUCUGUGCUUGAUAAAAGAACAGCUGCUUUUAAAAUGAUUACAGAACUGCAUGAAACUAGCGAAUCAUGUUAUAGACUGUUAAAUUCAUUCAGUUCAUCAGUUCCAGCUGACAUUGGGUCCUUGUCCCUCCAUCAGUUAAAGGUUGUAUUAGAAUCUUGUGAUACCUCACUCUCUGGUCUUGAAGCAGCUGCUGCAGAAUAUGCCAAAAGCACACGAUCCUUCACUUCACUGAGCACCAGCCUUGAGAUGAAUGGAGUGGAGGCGAGGAGGACAGUGAGAGGGAUGCUCCGCCAUUUUGAAACAAAACUAGCAUCGACUGUUGAUUCGUAUCAGAGAACAAGAAAAAUAAUUGUAAUCAGUGAAAAACAGAAGAAGGUUUGUUAUAAUUAUUAUCAUUAGGACAUCAAUAUGUAUCAAAAAAAUUAAUAAAAAU